GUUGGAGCGGACAGAAGCGAUCCAGCUCUGAGUGCUGGGCAGGAGACACAAACCACCAUCAGCACAUCCUCACCUGAGGGCAAACGAACUGCUGGACCUUGACGUUAGUCCACACUUUUACUGCAGCAGGGGAACGGUUGAGGGGAAGAGCCUCAGCAUUGGAAAACCUGCUGAAUCCACUUUGUCAAACACUGACAAGCGUUAAACAAACCUGAGCAUGGGGAGUCCAGGCUGCACUGCUCCCUCGCCCCUGCACAUCAGUCACCCCCACCACAGCGACACCAGGACGGCCUGGCUGGACGAGGCGGAGGACAUCAAACCCACAGCCCACAGCUUGUUGGGGCUGCCCGAGUUCAGCUGGCCAGGGGUCUACCUCCCCUGCUGCGACAGGCUGGCUAUAGAGGAGAACCCCUGGGUGCUGAGGAUGACGGAGGCCCCAGCUCCCGCAGCCGCUCUUCCCUCCAGGACUCCGGAGCCGAGCCAGGCCAAGCCCAGCCUAGCCCAGGAUCCCCCCUCCGGGGUGGAGGGUCAGGUGGAGGAGCGCUGUCUGGAGCAGGUCCAGACCAUGGUGGUGGGAGAGGUGUUGAAGGACGUCGACACGGCUUGCAAGCUGCUCAACAUUGCAUCAGACCCUUUGGACUGGAGCUGUGUCCACGUCCAGAAGUGGCUGCUCUGGACCGAGCACCUGUACAGGCUGCCACAGGUCAGCACCAUGUUCCAGGAGCUGACCGGCAGAGAUCUGUGCUCCAUGACAGAAGCGGACUUCAGACAACGCUCCUCGCAGUUUGGGGACAUGCUGUAUGCUCACCUGGACAUCUGGAGAUCUGCUGCAGCAAUGAAAGAGCGCUGCCCACCAGAAGACAGCAAAUCUGCAGCUGAUGAAGACUCCUGGUCGGAUGUGAUGUGCAACUACCCCAGCCAGCCCAUCCACCUGUGGCAGUUCCUCCGAGAGCUGCUCCUCAAGCCUCAUAACUACAGCCGCUGCAUCCGCUGGCUUAACAAAGAAAAAGGUAUUUUCAAAAUAGAAGACUCAGCUCACGUGGCCAGGCUAUGGGGCAUCAGGAAGAACCGCCCGGCUAUGAACUAUGACAAACUGAGUCGCUCUAUACGCCAGUACUACAAGAAAGGCAUCAUUCGAAAGCCUGAUGUAUCGCGCAGACUGGUCUACCAGUUCGUCAACCCUGUAUGAUGAAGAGGAUCGGCCGAUCUGAAGACAGCGAGCUGAGGAGGAACCAAAGAUAUGCUGGACAUACAGUAGAAGUACCACAAACCCUAAAGCUCGUUCGUUCAUUGUACUUGUAUUUCAAUUGUAAAGACUGCCUACUGAACUAUGCACUCCUGCCUAUCAUAAUAUCCUUCUACUUUAUUAGUCUGAAAACUGAAUUUUGAAAUGUGUCUAUUUGUUGUUUUUAGCACUCUUUAACCUAUUUGAAAUGUAUUUUUUGGUGUUUCUCAAAAGAAAACAUAUUUUCAACUUCUAACUUCUAACAGAAAUAAGAAAUAUGCUUAUUUGUGUUCUCUGCAAGAGUUACAUGUAGCCAGCAGCUGGCUAGCUUAGCUUAGCAUGAAGACUGGAAACAGCGAGUCUCGCUCUGUCCCAAAAAAACAUCUGUGAGUGCCUCUAAAGCUCACCUGUUUCCAGUCUUUGUGCUAAGCUACGCUAACCAGCUACAUACUUAGCAGACACGUCUCAUCUAACUCCUGGCCAGAAAACAAAUAAGCAUCAUUUCUCAGAAUGUUACACUACUCCUUGAAAUUCUCUUUUUUAACAACAGCUCUUGUUAUUUCCAUUCAAGCGUCGAGAAUAUGCGGAGGUUGCAGAGCAAUGCCAAAGCAAGUGAAUAUUUUAUUAAAUCUGCCUGGAUGGAUUGUCAUUUCUGUCUUUGCGUUCAUGUUCAGAAU